AUGAGCAUGCUCAUGAGAAGAAAAAGGAGGCAGCUCCAGUUGAAGGGAAAGAGGUGUCAUACCCAUUGCGUAGUGAUUCAACACAUCCUUCCACCCAAGCACAAGGAUCUUGAAAGUGUCACCAUUCCUUGCUCUAUCGGUGCAGUUUCUAUUGGUAAGGCUCUCAUUGAUCUGGGAGCCAGUAUUAAUUUGAUGCCGCUCUCCAUGUGUAGGAGGAUAGGAGAGCUGGAAGUAAUGCCAACAAGAAUGACGCUGCAGUUAGCGAACCGCUUCAUUACCAGGCCAUAUGGAGUGAUUGAGGAUGUUUUGGUCCAAGUUAAGCACUUCACUUUCCCGACUGAUUUCGUUGUCAUGGACAUUGAAGAGGAUGCUGAGAUCCCCUUGAUUUUGGGACGUCCUUUCAUGUUAACCGCAAGUUGUAUGGUGGACAUGGGAAAGCGGAAAUUAGAAAUGGGCAUUGAAGAUCAAAAGAUCAGUUUUAAUCUAUUUGAUGAAGAAAAGCAAUUGCUGGACCAGAAUGAUUGUUUGUAG